AGUCAAAUUAUGCUGAGUUGACAAUCAGUGACAACCGGCAAUCUACAUACGUAUCAGUUGGAGAAUCUGUUUCAAGUCAUUCUCGUUCGUUUUGAUAAUUGCAAAUUUCGCGAAUAAUCUAGUAUCAAAAUGUGGUACCGAUUCGGGUUAACAGUUGUUGUGGCAGUGGCGGUUGCAUUUUCUGUUCGGCAAUAUUUUUACGGAAGACGGUGCAAGUGCCGUGCCAGUCUUAAAGGGAGGGUGGUCAUCAUUACAGGUGCCACAUCAGGCAUAGGACUCGCUGUAGCGAAGGAGUUAGCUUCCAGAGGUGCCAAUCUCAUACUAACCGGGCGUAACCUCUGCAAACUAUCUAAGGUCGAAAAACACUUAAAAAAAGAAAUUCCAGAGGGAAAUAUUGAAGCACAGCUCCUGGAUUUGACUAGCUUCAGAAGCAUAUCAACAUUUGUCGAACAAAUUUCCAAAUCCAACCAACCUGUACAUGCUCUGAUUAAUAACGCCGGAGUCUUUUACGCUAACCCAGAAAAUACUGCUGACGGUUUCGAUGUGACUUUUCAGACGAACUAUCUCGGGGUGUUUCUUCUAACGCUCUUAUUGCUUCCAGUGUUAAAGAAAGACAAUGUAGCUAGAAUUGUAAAUCUUUCAUCAGCUGCACAUAAUUUCGUUCACACUUACCCUAAACUAGAAUAUCACAAAGUAUUUGACGACUGUCCGGAAAAUCGCUUCCAAGCAUACGGGUAUAGUAAAUUUUGCCUAGUGUUGUUCUCCGUAAAGCUCUCGAAAUUACUAUACAAUACAAACGUUUCUGUGCACUGUGUGGACCCAGGGAACGUAGAAACGAAUAUCUUCCAUAAUUUCCCACCAUUGGCAGAUCCGUGGCGGUUCUAUUUACAGAAGCCUUUUCGUGUAUUUGUUAUUAAAAGACCGCUAGAAGCAGCACAAAGUGUACUGCAUGCCCUCUUAGCACCGAAACCAGGAUUUUAUAUAAAAGGUUUAGAGCAAACUGAAGAAUAUAAUCCAGAUGUGCAGGAUCUAGUUUAUGCUGAACAAUUAUGGAUCGAAAGUCGAAAGGCAUGCGCGGCCCAUCUAUCUUCAACGAAGUAGCACAGCGAGAAUGGACUUGUUCGAAAAAUGGUCUACGUAAAGAACUAAUCGAUUUCACAUUUAAUUCAAUGACGAAGGCCACGGAAAUAUCGAAAUGUCUUGUGAAUAUCUCAGACGUUAAAAAUCUCGAAGACCGUG